CAAAUGUCAAAGUGAAGUUUGCAUACAUUUUCAAGCGAUUUGUUAACAUUUCCAGGUAUUCUUUGCAAAAUACAUAAGUAAAAAUUAUCUGCUUGGCGAAAGCUGCAGCGUACAUCUAGUUGUGCAAAUGGAAAUUGAUUCCUCCGAGGAGGGAAAUAAUGACCAAUUCAAAAAUACAUCUACCCACGAGGUGUGUGCUCAAAUAGGGUCAACAAAAGAUUCCACAAAUCCGAAAAAUUUCGAAAGGCGCAAGCCUAGUUUUGUUUGGAAAUAUUUUAGACGUAGUAGUACCACUGAACUAGAGUGCACUAUUUGUGCCGGCAGUGUUAGUAAUAAAACUAGCAACUUAGCCCGACAUUUGCUUGCAGCACACGAUAUAAGUAGACAGUCACAUCAAACUGAAGAGGAAUAUAAGCCUACACAUAACAGUGUACUGGGUCGUCCAAGCCGAAGUUUUAUUUGGAAAUAUUGUACCAAAGAAGACUGCAGAUACGCGCGCUGUCAUUUAUGCAAAAAAUUACUAUACUUUGGUGGCGGAAAUACAGCAAAUCUCGCCAAACAUCUACGACGAAAACAUACCGAAGUUAUUAGUAUUCACGAGUUGGGACCAGCAAAAGUUAUGGAAGAUUCAGAAGACUUAGUAGCAGAGAUGUCCAAUCAAAUGGACUCGUCCAUUAAUAAUUGUGAUGAAGAGAUAUAUAAAGUACAACGCGAGAACAGUUCCGAUGCGGUUCGCUUACGCAAGGAGCGCAAGGGAAGCAGCUACGUUUGGAACUAUUGCGAUAAACUUUCAAGGCACAGAAUUCGUUGUAAACUUUGUAAGAAAGUUAUGAAUUUUCAUGGCACUGCAAACGUAAUAACGCAUUUGCAACGUCGGCAUAAUAUUGUUGGACGCGUCGAAAACGAAGCGGAAAUUUUAAAUAUUAUCGAAGACGAUAAUGGAAUGGCCGAUGUAAAGGAGGAACCUGACGCAAUUGUUCGCCGACACAGACGAUCAUCCGCGUCUACGAGCGUUGUUUGGAAAUAUUGCAAAAGGCUUGGCCAGGACGUUGUGCGUUGCAGUUUUUGCAAGAAAAAUCUUUCCUUUCAAGGCACAAGUAAUUUACAAAGGCAUUUACAUCGCAUGCAUGGAAUUGUUACACGAGGACGCGGCUUUAGCGGAUCGGAGCACGAAUUAGCAGAUAUCGACGAAAAUUUUAUAUGGGAGCAUUGUGAACACACGGACGAUGGCAAAAUUAAAUGCAAUAUGUGUAACCACACGUUUGCUGGUAAAGGGUUUGAAGAAAUUCGUAAACAUCUUACAGGCACGCACUCAGUCCUUUCGAACCCUCCUCCUCCACGAAAACGACGAAAACAACCAGAGGAAACUUGUGACGAUACAGAUGAUUACGAAUAUGAAAAUGAAGAUGACAAUUGGCAAAGAGCAAACGAAGAGUUUACAAUAGAGUAUAACGAUGCAGGUAUAAAGAAAGAUCCAACAUUCGACGAUAUAAUAGAGGAAGAUCAUGCAGCACAACUUCAUUGUGAUGAGGAUCCAUUCGAUCCUAAUAUGAUGGAAAGUUUCCCAGAGUCACGACUUUUAUCCGGAGCUUCAAGCCCUGAUACAUCGCCAGAAAAAAUUUUAAAAGUAUCAGCGGAUACCCAGCGAUUACGUAAACUAAAGGAAGAACGUUUACGAAUGGAAACGGAAUAUUUCAGAGAAAAGGCGGGCUUUUACCGUAUGCAAAAAUAUUUCACUGCAUUGCAGGCUAAAAAGGUCAGACUGGAGUUGGACAGUUUAAGGAAUUCAGGCUCGAAUGGCUUGGUUUACAACGACAUGCCCGAAGCGCACACUUCCACAUCCAUUACUUUGAAUAAUUUCAAAAAUUAAUUAACAUCAACCAUUUUAGAACGCAACGUCAUUAGAAGUUUAAUAGUAGCAGGAAACUCACAUAUCGUUGUUUAAAGUACAAAAA